GGAACGGGAGGCAGAAGAACACAGAGCCUGAUUGGGGACUGAUCCCUCGCCACGGCACGCCACCGCAACUCUGACUAAUCCUCGCGGGGCCUUAUAAGGCCUGCGGACAGUCAAUAUGCCGGAGUGGAGCCCAAGUGCCGAAAUAUCGCCGCCCGACGACCACCAUUAGGAUGUGACUGUCUCCAGGAACUGGCUGCAACGGCCGCAGGCGUGCGCCCGACUGCCGCCGCCCGGCCGCCGAUGGCCCGUAUGACGCCAUUUGCGUGGCCAGUUGAUAAUAUCCGACUUGAGACGCCACUGGAGCGUCUUCCAGCCAUGACGAAAGCUAGAACUGGCCGGAGAUACGCCGAAUGAGAUGGUAAGAGCCGGAGCAGAGCUGCGAGUGAGCAGCACUAUAUGCUGGCACAAUGUCAGAUUCACCAGCCGCCAGCGACCUGACUGAGCUAAUUCCGAUCAUUCGGCCCGAAAGCACGACACAAUUAGUCGUAAAGCAAAGACGCCAACUUAACUUUGCUGAAAGGAUCGAUGAGCAGUUCAUUUAGUUCGUUUACGACCGGUUAAUGGUGAUCCCGCCUCGCUUAGCGGCGGCCCCUUUUAUGACGCGGCCCGGCGGCAGCGGCGGUGGUGGCGGCGCGACACGCGGUGGCCCCAGGGCAUGCGCGGCCGGCGCCCGAGGCCGCGUCGCAGCCGACCGCUGCACACUGCCCGAGGCACCGAACUCGACCGGAGAGGGGCGCGCACCGCGGCGACUGGACUCGACUGGUGUGCCAGCUGACCGACGGACAGCAGGCCACCGACACCCCACCAGCACCGCGGGCGUGACCCGAGGUCACCGACCGACCGCCCGAGGCUCCGCGGGGUCACUCAGCUCGUUGCCGGAAGAUUGCCUGGGCGGCGGCGCGGCCGGCGAGUCGGAGGGCGCCGCUCGGCCGCUGCAACACGCGCCGCUGGCUCAGGUGCGGACGGACGCAGGCAGCAGCGCGCCGGUCGGACUCUGCAGACACCAUGGACAAUUUUGUAAAGAUCGCCGGCACGUCGUCGGCGCUGAACUCACUAUCGAUGUGGUCGGGUUACGCUGAAUACCUUACACGCGCCCAGACAGAGAGUGGAUUCUACCAGAGGAGCUCUGGUGACCAGGGCUAUCCGCCCGGGUUCCUCGGCUUCCCGAACUACCAGCAGACGCGCAGCCAGGAGUCGCCCUUCAACGACGCGGCCAGUGCGUGCAAACUCUACCCCACCAACGAUGUGUCGGCCAACGCGUACAAAGUCGACUGCUCCAAGGAGCAGAACGGCUACAGCUCCAAGGACCUGCCGAGCUGGUCGGCCUCGGCCGCGGCCGUAGCCGGCGCCGGCCGGUUCCCGGGUCUCCCGGGGGCCGGCGUGGACCCGAGCCGCGACCGACAGGCGGCCGCCUCCAACUGGCUGGUCGCCUGCAACCAGAACACCGGUCAGCAGGGCUCGCAGCUGGUGCAGCAGCCCAGCCAGUAUGCCACCACACCCAUCUACCCCUGGAUGGCGAUAGCAGCAUCGGAGCGUGCCAAUUACCCAGCCUGGCUACAAAGUCACGGACCGCACGGCCUGCGGCGGCGGGGUCGGCAGACCUACACCCGCUACCAGACGCUGGAGCUGGAGAAGGAGUUCCACACCAACCACUACCUGACGCGGCGGCGGCGGAUAGAGAUGGCCCACCAGCUCUGCCUCACCGAGCGGCAGAUCAAGAUCUGGUUCCAGAACCGGCGCAUGAAGCUAAAAAAGGAGAUCCAGGCCAUCAAGGAGCUCAAUGAGCAGGAGAAACAGUCGCAGGCGUCCAAGAUGGCGGCCGGCCUGGCGAGCGGCACCGCCGGCUCGGCGGAGAAGAGCGGCUCGCAACAGCAGCCGGCCCAGCAGCAGGCCAUCAGCAGUGGCGCCAGCAUGCAGCCGCAGCAGCCGCAGCAGCAGGCCGCAGUCAACCCCAACCCGGCGGCGCCCAGCGCGACGCCCACCCCGAAUCAAGUCGCCAAGUAAACGAUAAUGUUCUUUCUGCAUUUGA